AUGAUUUUGGAUUGGAAGUUAUCGGAUGGGGGAGAACUCGCUAUUCUUCAACGGCGUUUAUUUUUCGUAAGUGGUCCGUACGGGAUUUUCGCGGGAAGAGAUGCAUCGAGAGGUUUAGGCACUUUUGCCCUGGAUGAUUCAGCGGUGCGGGACACGCACGACGACUUGUCGGAUUUGACGCUGGAUCAGAUGAACACGGUUAAGGACUGGGAUCAACAGUUUCAGGAUAAAAUUUUUAUACCUCGAGUAUUUUUAGAUAAGUACCAACUGGUUGGUCGUCUGCUGCGACCAGCUGAGGAGCCCACGGAUUAUGCUCCGGAGGAAGAAGAGGAAGCCAGCCAGAAAUCUGCGGCGGAUAGUCUCGAAAACAAGACUAAAUGA